AACAUUUCCUACAAAAAAAAAUGAACAUGAUCUCAAGCAUGAAAGAAGACUCUCUACCAGAGGCAACAACACAAAAGUACGAUCGCAUCAAAGAUUUGAAGGCUUUCGACGAAACGAAAGCCGGCGUCAAAGGACUCAUCGACUCCGGCAUAAGGAAUAUUCCGAGAAUCUUCAUCAGGCCGUCCGACGAGAUCGCCGCCGAUCAGAAGUACUCCAACAACACUCAGCUACAUAUCCCUGUAAUAGAUCUCAGUGGAAUCGGAGAAGACGACGACAAACACAAGAAAAUCGUCGGCCAAGUGAAACGCGCAUCGAAAGAUUGGGGAUUUUUCCAGUUGGUGAACCACGGAAUCUCCGAGAAUGUUCUAGAAGGUAUGCUGGACGGAAUCAAAAGAUUCCACGAGGAAGAUGCCGAUGUGAAGCUAGGGUUUCAUUCUCGUGAUUUGAUGAAGAAGGUCAAGUACUCGAGCAACGUCGAUCUGUAUCGGUCAACUGCUGCUAAUUGGAGGGACUCGUUGACCGUUUCUUUGCCCAAUUUUGACCCCAUUGAACCCCUUGACUUGCCUCAAAUUUGCAGGGAUUCAACAAUCGAGUACAUCAAUGAAGCCACGAAGCUAGCACAAACUUUACUUGAGUUGCUAUCGGAAGCUCUUGGCCUAAAACCCGAACACCUAGCAUCCAUCGAAUGUGGCAAAGGGCGCACUUUCAUCGGCCACUAUUAUCCACCCUGCCCCGAGCCAGAACUUACUAUGGGCGCCGGGGCCCACACAGACCCGGCUUUCUUAACAAUUCUAUUACAAGACCAAAUUGGCGGACUACAAAUUCUUCAUCAAAAUCAGUACGUAAAUGUACAACCCCUCGCCGGAAGUUUAAUAGUCAAUAUUGGAGACAUGUUGCAGAUGAUUACGAACGAUGAGUUCAUAAGCAUGGAUCAUAGAGUUGUUGCGAACACAGUUGGGCCGAGAAUUUCUGUUGCUGGAUUCUUCUCCGGUAGUUCUUCGCCGGAAAAUGUGUAUGCUCCGAUUAAGGAGUUGGUAUCGGAGAAGAAUCCACCUCGGUAUAAGGAGUUUACGGUGAUGGAUUAUAUUUCCAAGUUUAUGUCGAGGUCGAUUGAAGAAUCCGGGCUUCGUCAGUUUAGGUUGCAAGAGUAGAAAAAAGAAAAAAGGUCCGAGUGAUAAACUGAUGUUGUAAUAAAUGUGUAAUAAUAUCUUUAUAUAUGCUGCAAAAAAUUUAUGUGCUAUGACAACAAAUAAUAAAAAUAAAUAAAAGAUUAAUGCCUUUAGUA